UAUAGACGCCGUUGUAAUGUCUCAUACACGAGAUGUUAUUACGUGUAAUAAUCAACGAAAAUUAAUGUAUAACCUACAUACAUAUACGACCUACCUCGGGUGCCUCUCCGUAUAAUCUCUGCAUUUAUACGGUGUGCCGCUGCCGAGUCGCCUGCAGUACGGUUAAUAAUAUUGGACACCUGUUAAUCGCGCAGAACAGCGUAAUAUCAAUUCGUGUUGGGAAUAUAUGAGCUCGCGACUGCGCCCGUGACAAAUCGCCGGGACCGCGUUGAAAAUGCGAGUCGGCGGCAGGGCGUUCUGUCGGCUACAAUUGUUAUUAAUCGUCGUUGUUUUCAGCGCCGCAACGUCCGUGCACGGCUUGAGAGACGUCAGGCCCGACGGUCCAUGCGAUCCAGGAGAAUUGGUAUUUGUGGGUUUUUGCAACCUGUGCAUGUGUAAUUCUCAAGGAAUGCCAAAUCAGCUAUGUGCUAGAUCAUGGUGCCCAGUUCAAACAACACUACCACCCAGAAACAGUAUACUGUAUUCAAUCCCAAAUAAACCAUUCGCAUAAGGAUCAUCGAUUACCAUCCAUAUGGAAUGUGAAUGUAAAAUAAAUUAUUAUUGCGUAUGUUAUGACAAAUAACAGUUUUAAGUUUAACAAAAUAGAUGUAAAUUCAACAGGUCUAAUUUAUUGUCAAACUCUGUGUAGGAUUAUGAUAAAAAUAGACACAAAAAUAUGUUCACAGCAAUUAUAUAACUAUAGGUUUAAUAUAAUCUCUUAACCAUGUUAUAAAAUAUUAAAAUUAUACAUGUUAA